CAGAUAAAGAAUCCUCCUGCGCUCUCAUCUUCUUCGCGCUCUCGCCAAUCUCUACACUCCGAGCGAAGCAGGACGAUCAUCGUCAGUAAUGGCACCUGAGCUGGUCCCUAGUUUGAUGAAGCCGGCCGACAUACCUGUGCCCGCGAACCUCCCAGGCCCCGCGUACGUGACGUUCCUGGCCGGGAACGGCGACUACGUGAAGGGGGUGGUUGGGCUGGCGAAGGGCCUGAGGAAGGCCAAGGCGGCAUACCCUCUGGUGGUCGCGGUGCUGCCUGACGUGCCGGAGGAGCACCGGCGGAUCCUGGAGUCGCAGGGGUGCGUGGUCCGGGAGAUAGAGCCUGUUUACCCGCCCGAGAACCAGACCCAGUUCGCCAUGGCCUACUACGUCAUCAACUACUCCAAGCUCCGUAUCUGGGAGUUUGUGGAGUACAGCAAGAUGAUAUACUUGGAUGGGGACAUCCAAGUGUACGAGAACAUCGACCAUCUGUUCGACCUGCCGGACGGCUACUUCUACGCCGUGAUGGACUGCUUCUGCGAGAAGACGUGGAGCCACACCCCACAGUACAAGAUCGGGUACUGCCAGCAGUCGCCAGAGAAGGUCAACUGGCCGGCGGAGAUGGGCGAGCCGCCUGCACCUUACUUCAACGCCGGCAUGUUCGUCUACGAGCCGAGCAUCGCCACUUAUACAGACCUCUUGGAGACCGUCAAGAUCACUCCUCCAACACCUUUUGCUGAGCAGGAUUUCUUGAACAUGUACUUCAGGAAUGUCUACACGCCGAUUCCGCUGGUCUACAAUCUCGUGCUGGCCAUGUUAUGGCGUCACCCGGAGAAUGUUGAGCUCGAGAAAGUGAAGGUGGUUCACUACUGCGCAGCGGGGUCGAAGCCGUGGAGGUACACGGGGAAGGAAGAGAACAUGCAGAGAGAGGACAUCAAGAUGUUGGUCCAGAAGUGGUGGGACAUCUACAACGACGAGUCUCUGGACUACCAGGGGCCCGAGGCCGAGGCCGUGGAGAAGGCGGUGAAGAUGGAGCCAUUCAUAGCGGCUCUGUCCGAAGCUGCGCCUGUUCAAUAUGUCGCCGCCCCGUCCGCAGCUUAGGGACCAACUCCAUUUCCGAAUAGUACCCUGGAAUAAUUUGGAGUUCGGAACAUGAAGGGGUGGAGGAAAGAUCACCACCCUCAUGUCAAGAAAUGGGGAGAAAGUUGUCGUUUGGUUUCUGUUUUUGGGUUGGGAGUCAGCAGUAUUGUCUAUGUGUAUGAAGCAAAGAUUCUGUCAUGAACCGUGAAAUGGGAAUUGACAAGUUAUGUUAUCAUCGAUGGAAA